AUGACGACCGCGCACUUGGCGCCGACUUUUUUUUACGCCUCGCUCCAAAAGGCCCUUUUUGACCGCGUGUACGAUAAGCGCAAGGCGGCUGCGCUGGAGCUGGAGCGGCAUGUCCGCGACCUGGUCGCGCGGCAGGAUCGCGCCAAGAUCGGGCCGAUCGUGCAGCAGCUGUGCUCGUUCCUCACCGAGCAGCCGCCCCCGAACGCGAAUGCGCGGAACGGCGGCCUCAUUGGUCUGGCGGGUGUCGGGAUUGCGCUCGGGCAGGAGGUGGCUGCGUACCUGGACCAGAUGAUCGGGCCGGUGCUGGCCUGCUUCAGCGAUGCCGAUCCCAAGACGCGCUACUUUGCGUGCGAGAGCUUUUACAACAUUGCCAAGGUGUGCAAGGGCGAGAUCCUCGUCUACUUUAACGAGGUGUUUGUGGUGCUGGCGCGCCUCGCGGCCGACUCGGAAGUGUCGGUGAAGAACGGCGCGGAGCUCCUCGACCGCCUGUUCAAGGACAUUGUGUGUGAGUGUGCGCCCCACUACGUGUCCGUCUACCAGGACGUCUCGCGUGUGCGCGCGCGGCAGGACCGCGAGCUCGGCCUGCUGGGCGGCGCGCACGAGCUGGCCGUCGCGCGCGAGAAGGCCGAGCACGAGCGGUACCUGGGCGAGAUGCACGAGCAGCAUGACCACCGCAACACCGUCUCCAACAAGGCCUUUUCGCUCGCGCGGCUCGUGCCCCUGCUCUCCGAGCGCAUGCAGGUCAUCAGCCCCCUCACGCGGAACUACCUGGUCGGCUGGAUCGCCGUGCUCGACUCGGUCCCCGACUUGCAGCUCGUGGCGUACCUCAGUGUGUUCCUCAAGCACCUGUUCCAGUACCUCGGCGACCCGAACACGGACGUGCGUGUCGCCACGGCUGAGGUGCUCGCCGACUUUCUGCGCGAGAUUCGCGAGGCCGCGCAGCACCAAUCCCACCUCGAGCGCCCGGCGCCUGCGCCGGCGCCGCCCGCGGAUCGCUCGCCCGAGGUGCCGCCCGAGGACAAGGCGCCGGGCGACGAGCCUGGCACGGGCGACGACGACGCGGAUGAGCUCGUGUGGAUCCACUCGAGCGACGUGCGCAUCGAGUACGAUGCCCUUAUCGAGAUCCUCCUCGAGCUUGUGCAGGACCAUGACGUGGAGAUCCAGGCGACCACGUUCGAGUGGAUUACCGAGUUCUUGCGCGCUGUGCCGGACAAGAUGGUGCCCUUCACGCCCCGGCUCAUCUCGUCCGUGCUGCCGUGCCUUGCGCACCCUGCGCCGGCCAUCCAGGUGGCCGCGAUCGAAACGAACAAGCAGCUGUACACGGCCGUCGAGCAGCUCCCUGCGCUGGACGGCGCCGCGAGCGCGCUCGACUCGUUCGCCACGACCAAUGCACUGAAGCAGCACCUCGUCGACCAGCACGACCAGGCGCGCCUCCAGGCGCUCGAGUGGCUCACGAUGCUGCACGCGAAGAGCCCGUCGAAACUCUUCUCCAUGGAGGACGGCAGCGUGUCUCUGCUCUUGCGGGUGCUGUCAGACCCCAACGAAGAAGUCAUUCUAAGCGAUAUGCGCCUCCUCAUCCAGAUCUGCAGCCAGGCGGACGAGCGGCAUUUCCGCGUGUUCAUGUCUGACCUGCUCGAGCUGUUCGCCACGGACCGCAAGCUGCUCGAGACGUGGGGCAGCUUGAUUGUGCGCCAGCUGUGCGCCAACCUGCAGACCGAGCGCGUGUUCUGCAUGCUCGCCGAGAUCCUCGAGUCGUACGCGGACCUGGAGUUCGCCUCGAUCAUGGUGCAGAACCUGAACAUGAUCCUCGUCGCGUCGCAGGAGCUGCAGCCACUGCGCCGGCGGCUGCGUGCGCUCGAUGCGCGCGAGAACCAGCAGCUGUUCGUGCGCCUGCGUACGAGCACGCCUACCAUAUGCUGCGCAUCUUCGCCGACCUCGAGGUGA